GUCAUUUAUCAUUCCACCCAUGUGUAUGCAGACCUAGUUCAACAUGCUGAUCAAAGAAUUUCGGGUUAUUUUACCAAUUACGGUCGAAGAGUACCAAGUUGGACAGCUAUGGUCGGUGGCAGAAGCUAGCAAAAAUGAAACCGGUGGUGGUGAAGGGAUAGAAGUUUUAAAAAAUGAACCAUUUGAAAAUGAAGAAUUUGGUAAAGGACAGUACACACUCAAAAUUUACCAUUUAGCAAGUAAAGUACCAUCAUUUAUACGACUCUUGGCUCCAAAAGGUUCCUUAGAAAUCCAGGAAGAAGCAUGGAAUGCCUAUCCCUAUUGCAAGACUGUUAUAUCUAAUCCAGAGUAUAUGAAGGAAGGCUUCCAUAUCACAAUUGAAACCUGGCACAAACCAGAUAGGGGUACUAUCGACAAUGUACACAACCUUGGUCCGGAAGAAGUUAAAAAAAGGGAGGUCAUUUUCAUUGAUAUUGCAAAUGAUCCUGUAUCAUCUAAAGAUUACAAUGAAAAGCAGGAUCCAUCAAAAUUUCACUCGCAGAAAACCGGACGUGGGCCGUUGAAAGGAGAUUGGCGGAAAACCUGUACUCCAUGUAUGUGUGCAUACAAGCUGGUUACGGUUGAAUUCAAGUGGUGGGGACUCCAGUCUCGCGUCGAGGCUCUUAUAUUGAAGACUGAGCAGAGAAUCUUCACCAACUUCCAUCGUCAGCUAUUUUGUUGGAUUGACAAUUGGCAUGGAUUGACUAUGGAUGAUAUCCGAGCAAUUGAAGAAAAAACAAAGGAUGAUCUGGACAAGCAACGACAAACUGCUGGAGUACGAGGUACUACUUCAACAGACGAGUAAUCAUGUUUGACCAGAAGUUUCGCCAGCUGCUACGCUAGCUUCCAGCAAUGUUUUCUUCCUGAUGAUUAACCUAAGUGUGUCAACUGGACGCAAUAAUCUACUAAACGAGUAGCUGGCACACAAAGUUUUACUCUGAGAGAACUAUUUCUUCUGUACCCUUCCCAUGUAAUAUCACAGCAUUGUAGGAUGAGCUUUCGUGAAUAUUCUGCUCAGAAUUAUACCAAUAAACUGCUUGUGCCCACAUUAAUUCAAACUAUUAAUGUUUUUCACUGAUGAUUAUUCUUUUGGGAGACUCAUAAAAUAUCAUUCUUGUUAGAAAUGAAAGGAAUCAGUUACCAAACAAAAGCUUUGUCGCAUUUGGAAACUCCAUUUACAUAUUGAACAUGUUUGAAAUAACUAGAGGAAUACUUUGUAUCAAAUUAUACACUCUGUAAACUGUGCUCAUUGCAGUCUUUGGGUUAUGGCUUUGAAGCGAAGUUGUUUUUCUCAGAGUUUAACUUUCUUUUGAUUCAGUAUAGCCAUUAAUUUGACCUGACUAUAGUUUUUUAUUUAGCACUACACACACAUAUUAGCCAGCAGUGGAUUUUUUUUUUGUCUUGUGAAUUUAAUUUCCAGUAGAUAAACCCGCUAUAAAUAAAUCUUUCCAAUGUAACCCUUACUAGAUGAAAGAGUUCAUGAUUUAUGCAAGCAAUUUUAUGUAAAUUUACAUGGUGCGAUUGUAGUAAAUUUGAUUCAAUCAUCUUUGUACUGAAAAUGGAUUUUUGUUUUGAAAUUUGAAAUCUCUGUAAGCAAUCUUUUUAUUACUCCUGUACAUGAUCAAGUAUUUUGUGAAUAUAUAUGUGAUUUAUGUCCAAUUAGUUUCUAUGGCAACACAUGCACUUGUGCAAUAUGAGGCACGUUCAAAGUAUUACAUAGUUUUCGUAAAAAGGGGGUUUCUGCUUUGUAAAAAUAGUUAUGAGACUUCAAAAUGUAUGCACAUGCCCCCAAAGUGUUGAUAACAAGAAGCUCAUCUCUCAUGGACUGGUUCUUUGGUGUGAAUACAGUGGGAUGAUGGUGUAUUUUUGUUUUCUCAGUGCCACCUGCAGAACAGCUUUUGCACAAUCUGUCAUUUAGUGAGUGGGGUGGGGGUGAAUCCAUGAUUUUAUCACUCUACUUGUUGUAUUUGCAUCCCAUACUGUGAAGUGAGAUCUGCCAGGCAGGCAUGAUUGGAAUAUGAUGCGAACUGUGCAAUGCUUUGCUACAGAUUUUGUGAAAGCUGUAUCAUGUCAUAUCUGUAGAUCAGUACCGCAAGAUUAUAAAGCAAUCUGUAUAUAGUGUAUUUGUGUACAAAAAGGUUAUGUAACAAACCAUUUUUAUCGCAUUGCCUGGUGGACCUUCCCAUUGAUUUAGGUAUGUCUAUGGAGGCUUUUAGCAGGCACUGUGUUAAUGUCAUAUUUAAACUGGUUAUAAAUGCUGUGGUCUAAAGAAUGAUGUAUUGGUUAUAUACUUCAAAGAACUUUUUAAAAUGAAAUGUGAUUGCAUCUUUGUGUACAAACGUAUUUUUGUUGGUUUUAACAAUUCUGGCAAGAUGAUACUAUUGCACAGUCAACCUUUAAAAAUGGGGAACCAGUCCACUUUGCUCACAGUGAAAUACCUAGCCUUUUGUCAUACAGUCGUAACUCUGGACAGUUCUUUUGUCAAUUUGUAUCUUAUUUAUGUCCGUCUUUCUAUAAUUAAUGAUGUAUAUGUGUAAUUUAUCACAAGGUGUCAUUUUGCUGAUGAAUUUAAGAAUUGUAAUACAGACAAUCAACUCUUGUUAAAAAGGAUGCUGCUUUUUGAUACAUUUCCUAUAUUAAGAUAGGGCUUGCUUGUGAGCUAAUUUGGUAUUGAAGUUGCACUUCUGGAACAUUACUAAAUUAUUACUGGUGUCCUAAGGAUGGCUCUGACUAACCAAGUAUGUCAUAUAAUAUCCUGAGAUCUCAGUAAAGCUUUAUUUUUGGUCUGAGUGCAGUUUUAAUGACAAAUCUCCUGCAUGAUCAUGUAUCAAUUGCAAUUUGUCGUGAGAGGUAUAUUCUAAAGUACAAAAUUUGUUGACUAGAAAAUAUUCAGUGUAGCUAGGUUGGAUGUUUUCGGACUAAAUAGUUGUAGUGUUUAUAUUACCCUGCCACUGGAAUCUAUUAUAGUUAUUGUAAUAUCCAGACUCUAAAAGAGUUGUACCGGUAGUCUAUUUAUCAACACCAAAUUUAUGUGUUACGCCCUCAGUGGCAGGAAUGAGCAAUAGCAAUAUGAUCUUACCCCACACUGCAGCUUGUAAUACAUUUAACCCAAGAUGAAAAACAAAUGUACAUAAUAAAGUUACCAAUGUGACAAUUGUAAAUUUGUUUCUGUCAAAUUAUGUUUUCUUAAUUUGUCUUUAAAAAUGAUGACUCUUUUGUGUGUAUCACUUGGUGAUGGUUUUAGUAGAAUAUUGGAUCUUACAAGAAAAAACAAGUAAACAAUGUAAUUAUGUAGAUAAUCAAAAUUGACGAAACAUGUGAAAAGUGAGACCUGAAAAAAAAAAAUCAAUAAAUUUCCAGUCUACAUUCAUGU